GCGGAGGUUGUGUAGCUGGUGCUGUGUGUCCCUUUUGUGUGCAACAGGAAAACGGGGACCGGUUAAAUACCCGAGGAAAGGUGUUUCUCGGCUGCCUGGCUCAAUCUCCUUAUCCGUGCAUUCUGGUAUUUUUAUUUUUAUUUUUUUUUAAAUCGGGACUUAAUUGCAAAAGUUGCUGCCAGCGGCUAGGUGGGACUUCCUAAUUCUUUGCUGGUUGCCUGCAAGUUAGCAAGAGUGCCUUUUAAAAACGCUGCCUUCGCUGACAAAUCCGGGGGGCUCGGCAGCGUUUUGGACGUGGCCGGGAGGAGGCGGCUGUUGCCGUAUGCAACACUUCCCGCUGAUAGGUAUGCACAAGUUGAAGUGGGAAGGCGUGCUGCUGGCUGGAUGAGCCGAGGGGACCGGGCUUUUCGUGCCGCGGGCUCCUCUUCCUUUUUCGUUUCUCCCUUUGUGCUCCACGGCGGAGUCGCGGUGGGCGAUGGCAGAGCACAUGAUGGCCAUGAACCACGGGCGAUUCCCCGACGGCUCCGGCGGGCUCCACCACCACCCUGCGCACCGGCUGGGCAUGGGGCAGUUUCCCACCCCCCAUCACCACCAGCAGCAGCAGCACCAGCAGCAGCAGCAGCAACAGCAGCAGCCGCACGCCUUCAGCGCCCUGAUGGGCGACCAUAUACAUUACGGAGCGGGGAAUAUGAACGCGAGCGGCGGGGUCCGGCACGCCAUGGGGCCGGGCGGCGUGGCCGGGGGGCACCCUGCCGGCAGCAUGCCGCCCCCCGCCCGCUUCAGCGGCUCCCAAUUCCUGGCCCCCCCCGUGGGCAGCCCGGGAGGGCAGCUGAGCGCCAGCAUGCAGCUCCAGAAGCUGAACAACCAGUACUUCAGCCACCACCCGUACCCCCACAGCCACUACAUGCCGGACUUGCACCCCGGCAGCCACCAGCUGAAUGGCAGCAGCCAGCAUUUCAGGGACUGCAACCCCAAGCACGGCGGCAGCGGCAGCGGCUUGCCGCCCGCCGUCCCCCACGUCCCCGCGGCGAUGCUGCCGCCCAAUGUCAUAGACACUGACUUCAUCGACGAGGAGGUCCUCAUGUCCUUAGUCAUCGAGAUGGGGCUGGAUCGCAUCAAGGAGCUCCCCGAGCUGUGGUUGGGACAGAACGAGUUUGACUUCAUGACAGACUUCGUUUGCAAACAGCAGCCCAGCAGGGUGAGCUGCUGAUUCAUUUAAAACAAACAAAGGACUUUCUAUCGGUGUGAAUGAAAACAUUCCCCUAGACGCGGUGUCUCACUUUUCAGUGCUUGAAAAGGUGAGAAUCUGGAAAGCAAGAGUAAACUAUGCGCUUGUAUAAAUUCUUUUUUUUUGUUUUGUUUUUCUUUUAAUUGCUGCCACUUUUUUUUUUUUUUUGUAGCUUUGACAUUCACGUCCCCUCCCAUAGUAAUAAUUUCUAGCGAACUCUGCCUUUUUACGUUGUUCGCCCCCUCCCCUCCUCUCUCUUUAUUUCCUCGCAGUAACAUGCCCAUAAUUCCCACAGUGCUGAACUGUUAGAUAUUAAUCUUGGCAAAUUGCUUAAUCUUGUGGAUUUUGCAAACGAUGAUUUCCAAUGACUUGAACUGCAUUCAAAUUCUGAGUGAACAGGGAAAAAAAUCACAUUAGUUGGUUGCAUGAACUUUGAAGGGCAGAUUCUACUGCACAAAUGCUGCCAUCUUGCUUAAUUUUUAACUAUGCAUUGCAGUGCAGACUAAUAAUUUUCUUUUUUUUCCAAAUAUGCUCAACUGGAAGCUUAACAGAUGUGGGCCAAACCUUUCCAGAUCAGGAAAAGUAAUACUGUUACUUAAAAGUCUGCUACCCAUUCCCCCUCCCCCAUAUGUACAGACAAUAAUAUGGUGUGGAUGGAAUGCUGACUAGUGGCAAACAUUUCACAGGUCUUUUUUUUUUUUUUUAGUUAGGUUUAUUUUGUUUCUGUCUUCAGCAUUUUGACACUGUGCUAAUAUAGUUUAUUCAGUACAUGAAAAGAUACUACUGUGUUGAAAGCUUUUCAGGAAAUUUUGACAGUAUUUUUGUACAAAACAUUUUUUUGAGAAAAUAUUGUUAAUUUAUUCUAUUUUAAUUUGCCAAUGUCAAUAAAAAGUUAAGAAAUGCUUUAGUUUUUCUAGAAGUCAUUUACCAGUAUUUUUCUUCAAAAUUCUCCCCACUGUCCCUGGUAAGUAGAGCAUCUAUCUGUACUACCAUGUCGGUGUUCAAAAAGACAUUCCAACAUAUAUAUACUACACCCAUAUAUAUGUCAUGGUGAACUCGGUAGGUGAGCGGGAUUUAAACAUACUUACAGCAUAAAGCCUCAUACGUAACAUUGUAAUAUGCCUGUCAGUGUGGUUUUAUGAAAUUUAAAGUUGCUGAGGUGCAACUUUUUUGUGACUUGCCAACAUACUUGCUUUAAAUGUAGUUGUCCAGAGUUAUGAUGCAUAAAGUAUUUAUUAUAUUUAUCUAUUAAACUUGUAAUUUUAUAAAUCCGC